UUCUGAAGUACUCCAUAUCAUUAUACAUAUUUAAGUAUGUAUGUCAGUCGCUGGUAUCCAUAACACAGAGCACUCUAAUUGGGGUCGGAUUACCGUGCGUGGAUUGUGAAUUCCGAGAUUGUUAACUCCUUAAUUUAAGGGGUCCUGAGAGAUUCUCUAAACUAAAAAUUAACAUAAAAAACUCACACUUAUCGAUAACCUUGAUUUGCUAACCAUAUAAACGAAAAAAAAGCAAUAUAUUAUUACUUUCAUAUUUAUUUAUUCCUGUCUUUUAUCCUUAGUAUUUUGACCGAGUUUAAUGGUGUAAAGUUGGCUGUUUGGCUGGUUGGCUGUAUCCCUGAUAAUGCCUAUGCUCGUUAUCAACGGAAACAAUUUCCUUUCUAAGUACUGAUAGAAAAAAAAAAAUUAUCAAAAAAUCGGCAUCUUCUUUCAAAAUUAGUACCGUACGCCACAAAAAAUAUCUUAUCGGACACGUUUAGUAUAAAUAAUGCAUGCAAAGCAUGUUCAAAUGUAUUAUACUAAAGGAUCAGAAACCAGGGAGUUUAUUACAAGUUGGCAAGAUGAAAUUCACUCUUCUGUUCGUCUUGGUGAUUGUCACUGCGGUGGCAGCAGAUGAAGAGGCAGGCGUGAGAUCUAACGGUAGACCUGACUUGGUGAUUGGGACAAUUACUUCUCAAGAUAGCUUAAUACGCUCGUUUCGUUUCAAUAGACCAGCGUCGCCUAGUUCGCAGUCUCACUUCCACAGGAUCGCUAUGGCCGCCGGCGUUCGCAUAUCUGCCAUCACGGCCCGGGAAGUGGGGCAAACCCAGAACCCGACUAUCCGGGUCGCUGGUGGCGGCAUCGGCUUCAACAACGUCAAUCUUGAGGCCCGAAACGCGCGCGGCCGAGGAUUCUCCUACAACGUACAAAUCUGGGGACGAUAAAUACGUAUUUACUUUACAACUCCUCGUUGAAGCAUUCUCCAGGCUGCGUGACGUGCGUCAAUGAAACUACCAAUCGCAUUUCUCGUUCGAAAAUAUAAUAUUUUUCUUUUAUUGUCAUUUUACACUUACAAUAGAAAGAAGUUAACAGAAAAAAUAAUAUAAUAUAUGUAUAUAUGUUACGGUAAAAGUAGAUAUUGCGGCAAAUGUACACAUUUUCCGGUAAAUGUGCACAUUAGCCUCCUCGUUUAGGUAAUGUGCAUUCAACUAACAUUUACAAUUUUUAAAAAGGGAAAUGUACACUUGAAUUCACAAUGACCAUGUCGAUUUGGUAUAUGUGAACAUGGCAUACAAAAUAUGAAAUCUCUAAUGCGAGAAAUGCGCCUCACUACACCUUAACCUAACCUAACCUGCGACAUAUUAUAUAAUGUGCAAAGAAAAGUAUGUUUUGUUUGUCAUUUACAUUUUUUAAUAAUAAAUAAUUUUCGUUAUUAAAGCUUUUUGUAUUAUGUUCAUAUAAAUAAAUGUUUUUUUACUGCAA